CUCGCAGUCAGAUGUGUGGUGAGAAGUUGACAACUGGCGGCACGAGAAGGAAGAUACAACAAAGCUGCAUCAACGCUGCGCUGACUGAUCGCUGCAUUCCACGAAAGCAGAUCAUAUAUGUGCCCGCCGCAGCUACCCGGUCUAACAAAAACUUCCGUUACUUAAUAAUACGCUGGCAUGCUCGGCGACAGACAGCUCUGAGCGUUGCGCCCCCUUACCCCGAGCUAUUCUGAGAGAGAUCCACCCACUCGAAGAGGCACGUUCCACGUCCAAAGUAGCUCGCAACGCCCGAGAUGCAAUUGCCGACCCUCCCGUCGUCCCCGGCGGCGGCGGCGCUGCUCUCCCUUGUCGCCCUCCCACAUGUCGCGUCUGCCUUCUACCUGCCAGGCGUGGCCCCGACCACGUACAAAAAGGGCGAUGUCGUGCCUCUAUAUGUCAACACAAUAAAGCCGAUUGCUCCUCCAGGAGACACAAUGCUACAUUCGGUCGUCGCAUACGACUACUAUCUCCCGAUAUUCAAGUUCUGCCAACCCGACGGGGGGCCGCAAUCUGUGGGCGAGAGUUUGGGGAGCAUAUUGUUUGGCGACCGAAUCAUGACGUCGCCAUUCGAGCUCAAGAUGGCGACCAAUGAGACGUGCAAGGCCCUCUGCGACGUCAAAUACACCCAGGCCGCCGCCAAGUUCGUCAACGAGAAGAUCGAGUUGGGCUACAGCCUGAAUUGGCUGGUGGACGGGCUCCCGGCCGGCCAGGACAUUACCGACAAGCUUACCCAAACGGACUUCUACAGCCCCGGCUUCUUGAUGGGCGAGGUUUCGAACAACAAGCCUGCUUUUAACAACCACUACGACAUCAUUGUUGAGUACCACGAAGUUGGCGGCAACCCCAACCAGCUGCGGGUGGUGGGUGUUCUCGUCCAGCCUCACUCCCUCAACUACGGCGACAAGGAACCCGACUGCGCCACCGAGACAUACGAGCCAGUUGUUUUGUCUGCUGACGGCCAGACCAACGUGAAAUUCUCCUAUGGCGUCUUCUGGAUCAAGUCACCCACUGCUUGGGCCACUCGGUGGGACAAGUAUCUGCACGUCUUCGACCCCAAGAUCCACUGGUUCUCGCUUAUCAACUCGGCGAUCAUCGUGGUCUUCUUGGUUAUGACCGUUAUGUCUGUGCUUGUACGCACCCUGCGCAAGGACAUCGCGAGAUACAACCGACUGGACUCAAUCAACCUGGACGACCUGAACGGCACAUCCGUCGUCGAGGAUGGAGUGCAAGAGGACUCAGGCUGGAAACUGGUCCAUGGCGAUGUUUUCCGCACACCAUCCCACCCUCUUCUGCUCUCGGUACUUCUCGGAAACGGCGCGCAACUGUUCGUUAUGACCGGCUUCACCAUAUGCUUUGCGCUGCUCGGAUUCCUUUCACCGUCGAACCGCGGAUCACUAGGCACCAUCUUGGUACUGCUUUACACCAUCCUGGGCUUUGUCGGAGGCUAUGUGUCCGCACGAGUGUACAAGUCGCUCGACGGCGAGAAGUGGAAGCUCAACAUCGGCCUAACGCCACUGCUCGUCCCUGGGAUAGUGUUUUCUAUUUUCUUCAUCCUCAACCUCCUCCUUUGGGCGAAGCAAUCGGCCGGCGCAGUGCCGUUCACGACAAUGCUUGUCAUCGUCCUGAUCUGGUUCAUCAUUUCAGUGCCCCUUUCCUGCACGGGUUCUUGGCUUGGGUUCAAAUCUGCCCCGAUCGAGUCCCCAGUCCGCACAAACCAGAUCCCUCGGCAGAUCCCUCCGGCUACUACCUAUCUCAAGCCUAUCCCCAGCAUGCUCCUCGUCGGCAUCCUGCCAUUCGGCGCCAUCUUCGUCGAGCUGUACUUUAUCAUGAGUAGUAUCUGGUUCAGCAAGAUCUACUACAUGUUUGGUUUCCUGUUCCUGUGCUACGGACUGAUGAUCAUCACUUGCGCCGCCGUCACCGUCCUGAUGGUUUACUUCCUUCUGUGCGCCGAGAAUUACAACUGGCAAUGGAGGUCCUUCCUGGCAGCGGGCACGAGCGCAGGCUACAUCUUCCUGAAUGCGAUGAUAUACUGGGUCACCAAGCUCAGCCUGGGUGGCUUCGUGGGCAGCAUGCUCUACAUUGGAUACAGCGGGUUGAUCUCAUUCCUCUUCUUCAUUCUGACUGGCACGAUUGGCUUCUUCUCCAGUUGGUGGUUCACCCGAAAGAUCUACUCCUCCAUCAAGAUCGACUAA